CAUCCCGCAGCCCUGAACGCAUUUUCACGGCGCUCAUUCCUCUCGGCGCGCGAAGCUUCUCUGAGACACAGUUUGGGAUAAACAGUAACCUCACCUCACUUAACCCGGGACAUUGCGUGUGUGUUUGUGUGUGUGUGUGUGUGUGUGUGUAACGGGACUUCUUGCUGCGGAGCUUGCAGCUGGUUCGCCUGCCUUACCUGUCCCACCCGCCGCUCCGCGGUGCGUCGUGUCCGGCCAGCAGCGUCCCCAGAUGUUCCACACGCUGCAGCAGACACAGUCAGCGUCCUCACACAGCGCUCGCUCAGUCUACAAUAGAGAUGGAAAUGCACCGUAACUUUCUGCUUCCCGUUUGAUACUCAUCCGUCUCCUCUUCCCACUCCUUCCCUUCUGCUCCCACCUCCUUGAUGUCUGACAUUAAACAGGCUGCCACGACAUCUUCUCAUGCGAGCGACUGUGGUAACCCAUCUGUUGGAUCAGAACCAUCAGGAUGAAGAUGAGAACGUCCGGAGCUCUGUGUGGCUUCUUCCUGUUGACACUUGUCGUCCUCGCCGCCGCCAGGCCGAGAGCAGGUCCGGUCCAGAAAUGUAAGUCCGGUCCGGUGGAUCUGGUCUUCCUCAUCGACAGCUCCCGCAGCGUCCGGCCACAUGAGUUCGAGACCAUGAGGAAGUUCAUGAUCGACAUCCUGAGCACGCUGGACAUCGGACUCAACACCACCAGAGUGGGAGUGGUGCAGUACUCCAGCCAGGUCCGCACAGAGUUCUCUCUGAAGGCCCACGCCAAUCUGGACACCAUGGUGAAGGGCAUCAAUCAGAUCAUCCCGCUCGCUCAGGGAACCAUGACCGGACUCGCCAUCAAAUAUGUGAUGAAUUCAGCUUUCACCGCCGAGGGCGGAGACAGGCCGAAGGUCCCCAACGUGGUCGUGAUCGUGACAGACGGACGUCCUCAGGACCGUGUGGCCGAGGUGGCGGCGGAGGCCAGAGAGAAAGGCAUUGAGAUCUACGCCGUGGGGGUGGCCAGAGCCGACAUGGCGUCCCUGAGGGCCAUGGCGUCCCCGCCCUUCGAGGACCACGUCUUCCUGGUGGAGUCCUUCGACCUCAUUCACCAGUUUGGACUUCAGUUCCAGGACAAGCUCUGCGGGAUGGAUCUGUGUCUGGAGUCGGAGCACGGCUGUGAGCACAUCUGUGAGAACUCCCCGGGCUCCUUCCACUGCCUCUGUCUGCCCGGAUACUCUCUGAACCACGACGGGAAAACAUGUGCAGUCAUAGAUCUGUGUGCGGAGGGGAAACACGACUGUGAGCAGAUCUGCGUCAGCUCUCCCGGCUCUUUCUCCUGCGACUGCAACAAAGGAUUCAAACUGAACGACGACAAGAAGACCUGCUCCAUGAUCGACUACUGUUCGUUUGGGAACCACAGUUGUGAUCAUGAGUGUGUGAGUGUGCUCAAUGGCUAUCACUGCCGCUGUAGCGAGGGACACAGGCUGCUAGAGGACGGCAAGACCUGCCAGGCCAUUGACCUCUGCGCUGAGGGGAAACAUGACUGUGAACAAAUCUGCAUCAGCGCGCCGGGCGUCUUCACCUGCGACUGCAACGAAGGACACACACUCAAUGAGGACAAGAAGACCUGCACACCCAUUGACCUGUGUGCGGAGGGGAAGCACGACUGUGGACAGAUCUGUGUCAGCGCUCCCGGCGUCUUCACCUGCGACUGCAACAAAGGAUUCAAACUCAACAAAGACAAGAAGACCUGCACAAAUAUGGACAUGUGUAACACGGUGCAGCACGGCUGUGAGCACCAGUGUGUCAGCACGCCAGGAUCUUAUUACUGCAUCUGUCCCGAGGGGCAGCUGCUGCAGGAGGACGGCAAGAGCUGCGGCACCUGCAAAUCGGCCAACAUCGACCUGGUGCUUGUGAUCGACGGCUCUAAGAGCGUCCGGCCCCAAAACUUUGAGCUGGUCAAGAAGUUUGUGAACCAGGUUGUGGACUCUCUGGACGUGUCUGCUCAUGGCACCAGAGUGGGUCUGGUUCAGUACUCCAGCCGGGUUCGGACUGAGUUCCCCCUCAACAUGUACCAGACCGCUGACGAGAUCAAAGCUGCAGUCAUGAAGGUUGACUACAUGGAGAAAGGCACCAUGACAGGCCUGGCCCUGAAGCACAUGGUGGAGAACAGCUUCUCAGAGGCAGAGGGCGCUCGUCCUUCAAGCCGCAACAUCCCCAGAAUCGGGCUGGUGUUCACAGACGGACGCUCGCAGGACGACAUCACAGAGUACGGCAGGAUGGCCAAAGAAGCCGGUAUCACCAUGUACGCCGUGGGGGUUGGUAAAGCUGUGGAGGAUGAGCUCCGUGAGAUUGCAUCUGAGCCUGUGGAGAAACAUUUCUAUUACACCUCUGACUUCACCGCCAUCAGCACCAUCGCUGAGAACCUCAAACUCAACGUGUGCCCAGAGGAGAGUCAGGGGGAGAUCGAGGUGAAGGACCCAUGUGCCUGUGAGAGUCUGGUGGAGUUCCAGCAGGCCACCAUGAGCAGCCUGGAGCAGAUCACACAGAAACUGUCUGCGAUGACGGCUCGUCUGGAGCAGCUGGAGAACCAGCUCCUCUCCAGGAAGUGAUCUGUGUCAGUGAGCGAGCGGGACGCCACAGAGAGAAUAACUGCGUGAGGAAGAG